AACGCGGGGAAAAUCGACUGACGCGUCCUUGACAGCCUGGGUCGUACAGUACGCGGCCUCGGUGCCUUGAUGGUGCGUGUGAAGUAUACCUUUGAAGCCAAAUGUUUAUUCGGUUGGAACGAAGUAGUCCAAGCAGUGCUGCAGCUUCUUUCUCCAUCCUCUCAAGCCCAACUGUGGUUCGUUGAGUUCGUCCGCUUUGUAGUCCGAUACCCAAACAAGCGGGUCACUUACCGACGCUCCGCCCCCCCCAAUAACGUCGCCACGCAGUGGUGUUGUAAUCGACUCGUCUUACUCUUUAGCUUCGCUGCCUAGCUACAUCUUACCUGUGUUCUUCUACCACUUUUCCCCAUCCCCCCAUUCCUCAUCAAUCACUAGGUCACCAUGCGGUUCUCACGCGUUGUACCAGUCUUGCCUCUGGCGACUGCAUUUGUCAUUACCGAACCGGAAGUUUUCUCCAACAUCAACAUUGAGAAGUCUGGAAAGCAGCUCGUCGAUGGCGCUCAAAAUGUUUUCGACAACGCCCAGAGCGUACUUGACGAUGCGUUCAGCAAGGUCAAAGAUGGUGCCAAGGAUGUUUACAGCAAGAUCCAUCAUGCUGGCGCCGACAUUGAGUCGUGGUUAGAGGGAAACCAAUUCGACGACAGUGUCGUUGACUUUGAGGACCCUCAUCACGGUCACGACGGGCCGCCACACCACGGCAAACCUCACCACCCUCCGCACGACCAGAAGCCAAACCGCACAGUCUACGAGCUCAUCAACGAGAGCAAAUAUACUACGAAGCUCGCAAAGUGGAUCAACGAGUUCGACGACAUCGUCGAGGCACUCAACAGCACUAAGGCGAACUACACCGUUUUUGCCCCCACAGACGAGGCCUUCGAGAAGAUCCCUGAGCACCACCACAAGCCGUCCAAGGAAGUUCUGAAGGACAUCCUUCUAUACCACGUCACUGACGACUUGUACCCUGCUGGCCGCGUACUCAAGACAUACACCAUCCCAACCCUCUACACACCCAGCAAGAACCUAGGUCACCCACAGCGCCUAACCGUCCGUGUCACACUCAAGGGCCCCGCGAUCAACUUCUACAGCCGCCUCGUAGCCGUCAACAUCUUUGGCACCAACGGCGUGGUCCACGGCGUCGACUCCAUCCUCGUGCCUCCCCCCAACGUCGCCUCCAUCAUCGACCUGCUCCCCGGCGAGUUCAGCACGCUCGAGCUGGGUCUAGGAAAGACUGGUCUGUUCGACAAGAUCAACAGCACCGAGUACGAGCACAACGGCGGAACUUUCUUCGCUCCCUCCAACUUUGCAUUCCAGAAACUUGGUGAGCGUGCCAAUGCUUUCUUGUUCUCAAAGUACGGAGAGAAAUACCUCAAGGCUCUGCUAGAAUACCACAUGGUUGUUGAUGAGACGCUUUACUCUGAUGCAUUCUACGAUGGACGGAAGAAGGAUGACAAGGACUCUGUUCAGGAGCGUCCUGGAGGCUACCACUACGACAUGCCCACUGUCCUUUGCGGCAAGAACCUCGCUGUGGACGUCGGCCGCUACGGACCUUUUGUUGAGAUUAGGAUCAACGGCUUCUCGCGCGUUACCAUCCACGAUGGUGUUGCUAGCGACGGUGUUAUCCAGGUCGUCUCCAACGUCUUGAUCCCACCCAAGACCGCUGGUGGCGAGCAGGUCUUCUGGAAGGGUGAGGAGCUUAGCGUCGAGGAGCUCAAGGAACGCCUUCAGCCUCUUGUUGAGAACAUGGAGUUGUAAGCGAUGGCUUUGUAUGAGCACUGAAUUUGUAUGUUCUUGCAGCGCGACAAUCUUUACGACAUAUUCCUUGUAUAAUAGCCUUGUCUCCCAGCGGAGCAGGUACUUCACAAUAGCACGCGUAUGAAUUGAAUAGCAGAUGAGCGAAUU